AGGAACCACAGCUCCAUCACUGAGUUCCUUCUCGUUGGGAUGUCUGCUCAGCCCUGGAUUGAGGCUCUGCUCUUUGUACUGCUCCUAGGGAUUUACAUCCUGACCGUGGCGGGGAACUUGACAAUGUUGCUGGUGAUCAGGGCUGACGCCCGCUUGCACACCCCCAUGUACUUCUUCUUGAGCAACCUAUCAUUCCUGGAUCUUUGCUUCUCUUCAGUCACUGUGCCCAAGCUGCUGAAAGACCUCCUGUCUGAGAAGAAAACCAUCUCACUGGAGGGCUGUCUGACUCAGGUCUUCUUUAUGUUUGUCACUGCUGGGACUGAGGCAUUUCUUCUGACAGUGAUGGCCUAUGACCGCUGUGUUGCAAUCCGCUACCCACUCCUCUAUGGCCAGCUGAUGAGUGAUGGGCUCUGUGUGAAGCUGGUGCUGCUCUCGUGGGCCCUGGCGUCUCUCAAUUCAGUAGUCAUUUUACUCUUGGCUGUUAAUCUGGACUUCUGUGGGGCCCGAACCAUACAGCACUACACCUGCGAGCUGCCCUCUCUCUUUCCUCUGUCCUGUUCAGACAUCUCCAUCAGUGUUGACAUCCUGACCUGCUCCACCUUACUGCAUGCGCUGGGAACCCUUCUGCCCAUCCUUUUCUCUUAUGGCCGCAUUGUGGCCACUGUCCUGAGGAUGAGCUCCACCACAGGCAGAAGCAAGGUGUUCCAAACCUGCUCUUCUCAUCUUACUGCGGUGAUCCUGUUCUUCGGGUCUGGCCUGGCUCGCUAUCUCAUGCCCACCACAGGUUCCUCCCUAGAUUUGCUCUCCUCCCUGCAGUACAGCGUGGUCACCCCCAUGCUGAAUCCCCUCAUCUACAGCCUGAAGAACAAGGAGGUGAAGGCAGCUGUGAAGAGGAUGUUAGGGAAAUGCUCAUAUUAA